GAGAGGAGGGAGGGAUGAGUGACUCUGCUGGGAAGUAGAAACCCUCUCAGAAGGAGGUGUGACUCGUUUACUCAGCCGUCGACGGAGGAGCAGCUCCCUCAUGUGUGGAUGGAAACUGCUGACCUGAACUGAUCGAUCACAGCAGAACUUCACCUUAAAAACUGAUUAAUUGACUGGAGGACUUAUGGACUGGAUAUAAGUUUGGUGAACUGAUUGGAAGACUGAUUUGAAGAUCUGACAGCUGAUUGGUUGGAGGGUUGUUGCUGAACUGAUUUCAAGCCUGAUAAGAAGUCUGAGCAAGCCACUUGACGACCAGCUGAUCAGUUUUUCACAUGGUUAACUGAUCUGAAGCCUGACUGGGAAGUUAUUUGAUUGCCUAAUUGACCGAUUUGACACUUGAUUGAUUGGGUCUGAUUGAAGGUUUAAAAUCCUGAUCAACUGAUUGGAAGUCUAUCAGCUCUGACACCUGACUUGAAACCUGAUUGAAGCCCAGUUGACUGAUCGAUUGGAAGCUGUUUUGUUGACUUCAGAAUGAGUGCAGCAGGGGAUGUGGUGUGUGAGGGCUGGCUGCGAAAAUCACCACCAGAGAAAAAGCUACGGCGUUAUGCAUGGAAGAGGCGUUGGUUCGUGCUGCGCAGCGGUCGGCUCAGCGGAGAACCGGACGUCCUGCAGUACUACAAGAACCAACAGUCCCGUCGGCCAAUCAGGACCAUCAACCUGAACCUGUGUGAACAGGUGGACGCCGGCCUGUCGUUCACUAAGAAGGAGCUGGAGAGCAGCUUCGUUUUCGACCUGAGGACGGAGGAGAGGACCUGGUACCUGGUGGCCGAGUCUGAGGAGGACAUGAACCGUUGGGUGUCCUCCAUCUGCCUGCUCUGUGGCUUCAACCCGACUGACGACGUUCCAGACAGACCUCCAGUCUCUGGCCCAUCCUCCGUCACCGCGAUGACCCCAACCAGCAGCAACGCCACCCCCACCACCACCACCUCGAUAGCAGUGUCGGUCCCGCCCCCCUAUGACCCGGUGAAUGUGCGACACCUGGAGCCCGAUGGCAACGCCGAGGAAGACUACCUGUGGUUAUCACACUGCCAGAGUCACAUCAGACCUCCUUUAGGUUCCUCCACCUCUCUUGAAACCGACUACAAUGACAACCUCUACCCCCCUCCUUCUGCCACCUCCUCCUCCUCGUCCUCUUCCUCCUCUCCCUCCCUCUUUCCAAACGGCCUCCCGCCUCCCUCCUCCUCCUCCGGCUUUAGGACGGUUCCCUGGACCGUCGCUUCGAUGACAGGUCCUCUCAGCCAGUCUCUUGAUGCCAGCAUGACCUCUGACCUCCAUAAACGAGCGGGGAGACCUCGCUGUCACCCUUCUCCUCACCCCAGGAAACACUCCCUGGAUUUCCACCUGCGCCCUGUGGCGAUACCUCUUGGUGAUGAUACACAUUGCAACGUGCCCCCAAGUUCACACUCAUACACCACCAGCGGUUACCAGAUCCCCCGCCCGGCAUCCACCCCACAAACACGACCCCCGCGCCGCCCGUCCUCUACUCCCAGCGUGGACUCUCUAACCCAGUCAGAGCUCCACGCCUCCACCCCGACUCCUCCUCCACGCCCACCGAAGCCCCCGUCAAUUGCAUCCCAGGGAGAGGGCUCCGCUGUGGGAACGGGACCUGCCACGCUCCCCCGGUCCUCCUCAGAGUCAGAGAGGAGGGAUGGAUGUGUGGAAGGAGGAGGUGGAGGUCUGCUGAGGAGUAACACCGUCACGAUACCAGGACGCACACAGACAGGUUAUGAGUCUUCUCACAUCCCUCGAUCGAUGUCUGACAGAGCGAGCAUGUUUGAUUUCAGCGACAGCUUCAACAGUUACUUUUUUAAUAAAGGCAUGGUACCUCUGGGUAGUGUUUGCUCUGAAGAUGAUGAUGUGGAUGAAAACUACGUUCCCAUGAGCGCUGCCACCACUGAGCCCCCUGUUGCACCAAGGGUGCCUCCACUUCCUCCCACUGACCCCUCUGUCCAACUCCAAGAUGGAAACUAUGUCCCCAUGACACCCCUCACCCCUUCCCUUUCUACUCACCCCACCACUGCCACAGGAGACCUGGCGUCUCUGGGGAGGCAAGUCCCCCCACCUGCCCACAUGGGCUUCCGUAGCUCUCCCCUGACUCCUGUUAUUCCCCUUACCCCGCCACUUCAAAGGAAUACCAUGAAUGCUGUUGGUGGAACAGAAGUCGAAGCCAUGCCACCUCCGAUCCACCGCAACCUGAAACCACAACGAAGAGGGAUUUGUGCCACUCAGCCUGUUGAGAGAAGCGAUGGACAGGCUUCUGGAGAGCCAACACAUAAAACGCGAGUGAAACCAGCUCCCCUGGACAUCACACCAGUGCAGCAGGACUGGCAGGAAGUCCCGCCCCCUGUCCGCUCACCUGUCACCAGAACCUUCACACGAGAUCCAUCCAGUCGUCGGUCAGUCAGGCCGAGCUCCUCUCACAGCUCGUCGCCCUCCUCCGACUCAGAUGACCCCGAUGACAGCUACGUCGCCAUGAGGACCUCCGGCCUCAGUUUCAGUGCUGGGGAGCAGUCUCUGAGGCUUAUGCUGCACCGGGCCUCAGAGGGCGGAGUCAGUAGCCCUUUGCUACGGCGAGCCAGAGGUGACAAACAGGUAGAGUACCUGGACCUCGAUCUCCACACUGGGCGAUCAACACCAACAAGACAGAAACGCUGUACGGCAGAAGGUGGAAGCGGCGGCAACAAGCAGGCUGAAGGUGGCGAGGAGCGUCCACGGGGUGAGCGUACACGAGUGGACUACGUGGUGGUGGACCCCAAGAGGACCAAGGCCCUGAGGAACACCAGGGAAGCGUGGCAUGAUGGGAGGAUGUCCACAGAGAAGGAGAAAUGCUAGAAAACCACGAACACACAUGCACACUCACACACAGUUCAAAAAACACUUCUUAAAACAGACAUUACUCCCUUCAUGAGAAGUAGUUAGACCUCUCAUUCUAUAGUAGAGGUAAUCUAUUUUCUGUCUUGGUGCCACUUUACAAUAAAAUGUAAUUUUAAAGGGUUUAUAAGUAAAAGAUUUUAAGGUUCAGAGGAUACUUGUGGUUACAUUCUGCAUUUUUGUUGCUGUCAGCAAAACCCAUGGAAAAGCCACAUGUUAAUUUGUGGCUUUCAGUUUCAAGCCUGAUGGUUCAUACUGAAAACUUUGAAAGGGGUCACAGAUAUAUAGUUUUAUUCUUAAGCAAGCCUCAGAAAUUUCCUAUAACUGCCAGUAACUGUAGUUUUUAGUGUGUUACUCAAACAAGUGGAAGCAGUGUUUUUGUCAGGGACUAUUUGCAGUGAUGGAAUAAUCCACAUUUUGUGCUGUAGUGAGUAUUUGGGGCAGCAGAACAGUUUUAUGUGGGAUUGAGUUAAAAUGAAUUAUAGUGUGUGUGUGUGUUCUGGGUAAUGAAAAAAACAUGUCAGCCCUUGGAAAAGUGAUGUCUUUUUAAUAUUUUUUGGGCAGUACUUACAUGGGUUAGUACAUACAUGGGAUUUGUCUUUGCCUCGAUCAACAGGUGUUUCUGCCGAUUACACUCUCUGUCAGGCCUAUUAGAGGAUUUAAUGACCAUCAAUGGAGCUAUUUGUGAGUUCUGCUAUCACUACGUAGCUAACAUUAGCAUCAACAGCUGUUUUUACUGCUUCAACCAUUGCUUCAUUUAUAAAACAAAAGGUUAUACUAUGCCCUCUGAGCAGCACUAUUUCUUCAGGGCAGUCUGGACGCUACAGUGAGUUGAUAUCAGAAAGUGAUGAGACAGUCUGGCCGGACUGGCCAUCAGUAAGAGAAAAGAUACAGAUAGAAGCAAGACAAGAGUUAACCUUUGCGUUAACAGCUCUCGGCAAGUAAAAGAACAAAGUUUGAUGCUCUAGACUGGCAAGAAAACAGCUGUUAAUGCUGACGUUGGCUAUGUAGUGAAAGCAAAACUCACAAAUAGCUUCUUUAAUCAAUGCUACAGUGACAACUUACACACCCUUUAGAAAACAAACAGAGUGGUGGCAGCCUCGUACUCGUCCCACCUCAGCUCCUCCCCCUCUAACAAAACUGGAUUUUUCCCUUCUGUAAAACAACAGUAGACACUGUCAAGAGAAAUCUGACAGCAACAUAAUAAUAAUCACAUUUCUGUUUAGGUUGUUCUUUGUUGUCAUGAAUCAAAACAGUCAUUCACUGAUCUGUUAUUUAACUAUAUAUGGACAAGUGGUGUCAUUGAGAUCAAAAUAGAUCUUGAUCAACAUUUUAGAAAUACUGACAUCACUGGCUCCAGCAGAACUCCUCUUACCGAGGACCAGUCACUAACCAAACUCUUGUUUUAUUAAUUUUUGUUUUAUUUUGUCAGACUCACAAACCUUCACACUUAUUGGUCACUUCAGUGUUUUCUUUCCUGACAUUGUUGCUCAAAUGUUUUACCAAAAUCUUCUUUGUGCUGGUGGAGAACACUAAAUCCAUUUUUAUUUUAAUCCAAUCAAUUGAAAACAAGCCUUUAACAACCAACCAUGUUUAAUAUGAGUGUAACCAAGGAGUCUUCAAACUCUUCAAACCUCCCAAAUUCCCAGAAAUAUUGCAAGGACAUGACCUCAGUUUCCUCUGUGGCUUUGGUUUUUGACGAUUGCUCAACGCCACAGUGACAACUUAUAAACACUUUAGAAAAACAUGCAUUAUUAUAAAGUGGCAUUAUCUUUCGUAUGAAGAACAUAUUGGUGAGAUAGAUCAAUGCUUUUAAAUUUCAAAUCGCUGCAGUUAUUUGGUGAAAAACAAAAAAACAGAGGUGUGAGAAUAGUGGCUGUACAGUGUAAUCAGAUACUGUGAAACUGAAAGUCACAGAUGACUCAAAUACAGAAGCAGUGGGAAGUUCAGUUUGUCUCUUGCUCAUCACUCAUUUUUAAAUGACUGUUAUAGUCACGCACGGUGAGAUUACACAUUAGUACAGACUAGAACAGAGAUGGAAUUAAAUGCAUUACUUACAUUUAUCCAGCACUGUGAACAUGAUUGUACAUCAACAUAAAA